AUGAGACACGGGAUGGAGGAUUAUUUGGUCGCCACUUGUCAGAAAAUGAAUGGCCACGAGCUGGGCCUGUACGCAAUAUUCGACGGGCAUUCUGGUCGCCAGGUGGCAGAGUACUUGAAGAACAACCUGUUUGAUAAUAUACUCAAUGAGCCCGAGUUCUGGACAAACCCUGAAGAAGCGAUUAAAAGGGUAUUCAUAGCUACGGAUAAUUAUAUCCUGGAGAAUGUGGUUUGUUCGGCCGGCAGGGGAGGCUCGACAGCUUUAGCAGCCAUACUUAUUGAUAAAACGAAGCUUAUUUUGGCCAAUGUUGGGGACUCCCGAGCCGUGCUUUGUAGUAAAGGAAAUGUGAAACAGGUUACGGUUGAUCAUGAGCCGAUGAGAGAGAAGAAGCUCGUCGAGAGCAAAGGAGGAUUUGUGUCCAAUAAACCCGGAAAUGUUCCGAGGGUUGAUGGCCAGCUGGCAAUGACGAGGGCUUUCGGAGACGAAAAGGUAAAGCAACACAUAACGGUCGAACCAGAUGUCACGAUCGAGAAAAUCGAUGAAGAUACCGAUUAUAUCAUAUUGGCGAGUGAUGGCCUUUGGAAGGUAUUGUCGAGUGAAGAAGCUGUUGACUGCAUCCAAGGGUUGAAAGACGAGCAAGAAGCAGCCGAGAAGCUGAUUAAGGAAGCGCUUUCGAGGGAGAGCAAAGACGAUAUUUCCUGUGUUGUGGUCAUGUUUCACUAA